AAAGAAGGGAGAGAGAAUGUGGUGAUUUCAAUUCAAAAUCCCAUUCCCUUUUCCUUACCAAAAUUCAUUGGCUGAAAUUAGGGUUUUAGAAAGCCAUGAGAGGUUCGCGCAGAGGCAAAGGUGUAGAACAACUCCGAGCUGUCAAGAAGGAACGACUAACUAAAACCGCCGACCAUGGCCAUGGCCAUGGCCAUGGCCAUGACCAUGACCGUGACCGUGACCGUGACCAUGACCGUGACCGUGACCGUGACCAUGACCAUGACCAUGACCAUAAUCACGAGCAUGAGCAUGAAAAACAGGACCACGCCAGUCGCAGGGUCAUACGCUCCCAGUUUCUCAAACUCAAGACCCUUAUUAAUGAGAAAAAAGAUGAUUUGGUGACGGCGGAUUCCGACAAUUUCGAUAACAUAUUGAAUGAAUUCGACAAGUUACAUGAGCAAGUUGAGAAGCCGAGAGAGCAGGUUGCAGAUGCUGAGGCACUGCUGGAUUUGACUCGCACUUUGGUUGGAUCUGUUAGAUCUCUGGUGAAUGAGAAUGUUACACCUUCUCAAUUUGUUGGCUCUUUGCUCAAACACUAUGCCCAAGACUCUUCGCUAAAUUCAAUCAACUGGAAAAAACUUGACCUUGCUGUAUCCCCCUUUUUUCUCAAGGUUCAUGGCUGUUCUACCAUGCUUGGUCCCAUGCAAAAUGAGUUGAAGCAACGGAAGACAGGAGUACACAGAAAACGAGAUCCUUUCCCAACUGCAACGGCUAGGCCUGAACAGCUUGAUGAUACCGGAGGAGAGGGAAAAACUGAUACUGACAACAACAUGUUGACGAUGUUUGGCAUCUUAAGGAGAAUGAAACGUGUCCGACUUGAAAGCCUAAUUUUGAACAGAACAUCUUUUGCUCAGACGGUGGAAAACUUGUUUUCCUUAUCAUUCUUAGUGAAAGAUGGUCGUGCUGAGAUCAGUCUGGAUGAAAACGGUUCACACUAUGUUUCACCGAAAAAUGCUCCAGCUGCAAACUCAGUAAUGUCAAAAGAAGUUUCUUACACUCAUUUCGUGUUCAGAUAUGAUUACCAAGAUUGGAAGUUAAUGAAGGAUAUGGUGCCUGAUGGCCACGAGCUAAUGCCAAAUAGGAUUCAAUAUUGCACUGUGGUUGACUCCAAGGCUGAGAUGGGUGGUGACAAUUCCCAACCAGCUUUGGCUGUAACCCCUAUAAGGAAGCUAUCGCGGAAUCGAGGGCUCAUUGUGCAGGAGGAAGGUGUUGUAGAAGAAUCUCCUCAAUGUGAUGAGGAAAAUGCUGGCAGAGCAGCUGCAAUCCGUAGGUGUAAGCGUAAGCUUCAUUAAGAAAUAGCAUAUUAGGUACCAGAUCAACUUAUGGCGUACAUGGUUAUGUUUUGUUCAACAUAGAGCAAACUGAGUUUUGGUAAUGUGCAUAGGAUGUAAAUAUUUCUAGAUCCGUGGUAGUAUUGAAGGCUGGCUUUAUUAUUCUAGUGCCUAUGUCCAUGUUACAUCUUCCUUUCCUCUCUUUUUUGGCUUUUUCCUCGACGGAUCCUUAUUGGGAGAUUUUCAUUGCUUGUAAGUAUGUCGUUAUAUUAGUGAAAUGCGAUACAGAAUAGGUCCAGCAAUUGGUGAUCGGGUUGAGUAUGGCUAUGUUGAUAUUUUUUUGCUAGAGAUAGUUGAUUUGGGAAAUUCUUUUUAUUUCAACUGCUAAAUGAUUCAUACGCCUCAGGAUGGGUGUGU